UACUAUUUUAUCAAUAUUGAUAUUUUACAGGUCCUCAGCUCAAAAGAUUAUUGCUUAAUUCUUGGAAGACCAGGGACUGGUAAAACGACGACGAUAUCAAAGUUAGUUCAGACAAUGGUUGGCAGAGGGUCAAGUGUUCUCGUCACAAGUUACACUCAUUCAGCAGUUGAUAACAUACUGCUGAAACUAAAAGAGGAUUCAGCACUCCCAACAAGCAACAUGUCAACUGGGAACCGAACAGUUUACAUGAACGUCCCCAACAGUGCCCACCACUAUCAGUCGUCCCCUGCCCUCGACACACUGGCCCUACAAGAACCUCGGUACUAUGACAACGACUACAAUCACGGACAUUUGACAUACAGAGAGACCUCUAGUCAGCAGGGGAGGAAUGAUUCUCCUCUUGGAGCCAGGCAGUAUCACUAUCAGGAGGAGAACCCAUAUUCUCAAUCCGAGGCGAGGUUUUACCUCCAGCCCUCCCAGGGCGACCCAACACCUUAUUCUCACCAUCCUACAUACAGCCCCCCUUACCCAGAUCCCAACACCAGCAAUUCUGAUUUCCACACUCCUCAUCCCGAUUCAUAUGCUGCUCACCCUGUCAGAGAUCCUCCACCAAGACAUGAUUACCCUGAAUACACCCCUUCUAGCACCGCCGUGUGCGAUCUACCUCCACCUGUAUAUCACCCAGAGCUCAGUCCUCCUCUCCCUCCAAGAAACAGGAGUAGUCCAAACAGCUCUAUAAACAGCACCCACUUGAGCUCCAACCUUGGUCGAAUGUCCCCCAUCUCCAGUGGCCCACUUUCCCCCAGCCAGCAAUCUCGACAUCAGUCCUUUAAAUCCAUGUCACAGGGCUCUCGCUCCCUCGACUACCAGAACGUCUUCAUUGACAAGGAGAGACAGCUGGGUAGUGGGGCUUACGGUGCCGUCUACCACGCAAAUUGCGACCAGCUCGCCUGUGCGGCCAAGGUCAUGCACAGGGCCCUCUCCGCUCCAGGAAACCUGGGCGUCGAAACAGCUCUGGAGAGAUUCAAACUCGAGAUUGACCUACUCAGUGGAAUACGACACCCAAACAUCGUUCAAUAUCUCACAACCACACUCGAACCGGUGACCGGGAAUCCGGUUUUGCUGAUGGAGUUGUGCGACGAGAACCUCACACACUACUUGGAGCGCUCGGGGCCACCUUACCACGAGCAGCUCAACAUCUGCGUGGACAUCUCUCUGGCACUGGCCCACCUACACCUCAACAACCUCCUCCACAGAGAUCUCACCUCAAACAACGUCCUCAUGAGUCGCGGGAAAGCAAAGAUCACCGAUUUCGGGAUGUCGAAGCUCGCCGAGUUUCAACCCAACACCCUGUGCCCCGGUAACCCGGUUUACAUGCCACCAGAAGCUCUCAACGAGCCACCGAAGUACACACUUAAGUUGGACGUUUUCUCGUUUGGGGUUCUGAUGGUGCAGAUUAUGACGCAAAAGUUUCCGGAGCCCUCUAACCGUUUCCGGCCCGAAUCAUCUUCUGAUCGUCAGGUCUUUGUACCUGUUUCAGAGGUGGAGAGGAGGAAGAAUCACCUGCAGUUGAUUGAAAAGUCCAACUCUCUCAGACCUGUCGCUGAGCGCUGUCUUGCCGAUAAGGAGGGGCUGAGACCUUCGUCGCAGAAUCUGAGUCUGGAACUAAACGCCAUGAAGACAAAGCCUAAUUUCACGCAGAGCUUGAACAUCGGCCGACGCGUCAAGACAGAGUCUCACGUUGGUCAACACGACAGGACACGCGAACUCGAGCAGCACAACCACGCCCUCCAGAUGAAGCUGGACCAGGCGUCUAUCCAGAUCGAGAAUCUCCAGGGAACUCGCGACACUCUCGCACACACCCGCGAGCAACUUAGGCAAGAGAAACACAAGUACGAACAGAAGACCAAGGAGUGCGAGAAGCUGAAAGCAGCAGCAAACGACCAGGAGGAGUUUCUGGCGAUGUUUCAGAGGACAAAUGAAGAAGUUGCCGCCGAGAAAAAGAGGCUGGAGGCCAAAAUGCGCGAACUGGAGCAGAAGCUGAAGCUGGCAGAGAUGAAUAUCGAGGAGAGAGAUCGAACCAUUCGUGACCAGGAGGAGCAGAUUCUCUAUUUCAAGAAGAUGGGAUGUGGAGGUUCGGGUAAUGUGGGUGCAUACACUACAGCUGGAGUGGGGGUGGGGGAUGCGGGGUAUAGGGAUCUCAGAACUCUUCACUGGACAGUAGCCGAACGAGCGCCUGUUGAGUUAUCGGCCGGAUCAGCCGUCACCAUUGGCGACGACGUGUACGUGGCGUCCGACAACUCUAAAACUGUCUACUGCUACGACUCGAGGGGAAAGUGGACGGCGCUUCCCGACUGCUACUCCACCGCUUUCAGUCUGACUGCGAUAGACGGGAAACUUGUCACGGUCGGGGGGUUGGAAGGAGCAAUGAGUAAAAACCUGUACUGCUACGACCCCCACAGGAGGGAGUGGAACGAGAAUGCCUUCCCUCCCAUGCCGACCGCUCGGCGAGAACCAAUCACCCUCACCACUCCUCGCUGUCUCAUCGUGGCGGGCGGCUUCAGCGGGGUCCGCGCACUCGAUGUCGUAGAAGUUAUGAGCAUCUCCGAGAAAAAGUGGACCACCUGCCCGAGUCCCCUACCGCACAUUGUGUUUGGCGGAACCAUGGCUCUCUGCGACAACCAGCUCUUUCUCGCUCCUUUCAAUGUGGAGUCGGUAAACAGUCAACAGAUGCUGCUCACCUGUCCCCUCUCUGACAUCAACAAACCAGUCAACAAAAAGUUCUUCAAAAAGUACGCCGGUUACUGGCAGAGGGUGAAGGACCUUCCUGCGCCACAUGGAAGCAUCGUAGCUAUGGACGGACGUAUACUCGCGGUCGGUGGAAAGAGCUCUCAAAAGCCAGCGACGCAAGCGACUAAUAGCGUGUGGGAGUACGCACAGAGUUCAGGGACGUGGAGCGUUGUGUCACACAUGAAGGCUGAUCGCUGGACUCCAAUUGUUGCCUCCCUACCUCACGAUCGACUUCUUGUCGUUGGUGGACAGGCCAAGUGGAAGAAGAUAAAUUCAGUGGAAGUUGCCAGCUUUUGAGAGCGAACCGUUUCUUAUCACUUCAUUAUUUUUCUUUGUCUAUAAUGCAGCAUUUCAUGUACAAUUACCCAACAUAUGUGACUAUGUACACAGUACGCUUUACUAUGGCACUUCAGUAUUAUAGGAUGCAUCUUUUCCUACCUUGAUAAUGUUUUCUAUGUUGAGGUUUUAGAACAUGUUUGUUUGAGACGUUGAUAAACGCUAUGUCGAUGUUGUUAUCAGUUCAAUCCCAAAACAAUGUCUUACACAAACACUGCAACCAAACAUAGAGUGAGAUCUCUUAUCUAUACUAUGUGUGCUGUAUGUUACUAAAUGACAAUGCACAUCGAUCCCUGUUUAUUUUGCCAUACUAUUGUUUAGUAGCCAGUAUGUACAUGUAUACAGUAUUAUACUGGCAUAGUACAGCAA